UGCAAAUUAGUUGAUGAUACACAAGGGUCUUACAUUCAGAAGCACUCUCACUGUACAAUAAAUUAGAUACUUUUUCAAGCAGCUGCUACUGUAGCGAGACAACGUAACGUUACCUAGCCGAGUGGCCAACGUCGACGCGUUAGCUAAAACGAACAAGGAUUAAUCUUAGAAACUACUUGUCUGGUGUCAGUGUUGUUUCAAAUAGAUAACUUUCAUCUUUACGUUGUGUUGACGAGAGUAUCUUCCUUCCUACCUAGCUAAUUAACUCAAAUGCGGUUAUCAUCGCAACUCUCAGUACAUCGGUACAAGCGUUGCUGCUCCAGGGUCCAAACUGGCCGACCAGACUACACCCUCCAUCCCCACUCCGUCUUCAUCUCUCAACUGUGCAGCGCUAGGUUUUUCCACACUAGUUAUGUCAAACCUGGACCAAUUCUACCAUUCAAACUCUCAGAUAUUGGCGAGGGUAUCAUGGAGGUGACAGUGAAGGAAUGGUAUGUUAAGGAGGGAGACAAAGUCUCACAGUUUGACAGCAUCUGUGAGGUACAGAGUGACAAAGCAUCUGUCACCAUCACAAGCCGCUUUGACGGUGUCAUAAAAAAGCUGUACUAUGAAGUGGACGACACUGCCUUAGUGGGGACACCGCUGGUGGACAUCGAGACAGAGUCCGGUCCGGAGGUGGCCCAUGAGGAGGAUGUCGUGGAGACCCCAGCUAUGUCACACGAUGAGCACACACACCAGGAAAUCAAAGGCCACAAGACCCAAGCCACCCCGGCCGUCCGUCGCUUAGCCAUGGAGAACAAUAUCAAGCUAAGUGAAGUGGUCGGAACCGGGAGAGAUGGGAGGAUCCUCAAAGAGGACAUCCUCAACUUCCUGGCGAAACAGACUGGGGCAAUCUUACCACCGACUCCAUUCCAUGAGAUCCAGCCCCCUCCACCGGCAGCGUCUACUCUUUCCUCAGCCACCAAGCCCAAGGCGAAAACCCCAAGUGUCCCACUGGCUGUUAUUUCCAGGCCUGUCUUCACGGGCAAGGACAGGACUGAACCCCUGAAAGGUUUCCACAAAGCAAUGGUGAAGACCAUGACGGCAGCUUUGAAGAUCCCCCACUUUGGUUAUAAAGAUGAAGUGGAUUUGACAAGGCUGGUGCAGCUGCGCAACGAGCUGAAGGGCCUCUCAGAGGCUCGUGGGGUCAAGCUCAGCUUCAUGCCCUUCUUCAUCAAGGCUGCAUCUCUUGGUCUUCUUCAUUUCCCCAUCCUCAACGCCUCCGUGGACGAGGCUGUUCAGAACAUCACCUACAAGGCCUCCCACAACAUUGGCUUGGCAAUGGACACCAGCCAGGGCCUGUUGGUGCCCAAUGUGAAGAAUGUGCAGACACUGAGUGUGUUUGAGAUUGCCAUGGAGCUCAACCGCAUGCAGAGCCUGGGAGCCACGGGCCAGCUGGGCACGCCAGACCUCACCGGCGGCACCUUCACCCUCUCCAACAUUGGAUCGAUCGGAGGCACAUAUGCAAAGCCAGUAAUUCUGCCUCCUGAGGUGGCGAUUGGAGCUCUGGGAAAGAUCCAGGUGCUGCCCAGGUUUAACUUGAGGGACGAGGUGGUGAAGGCUCAUAUCAUGAACGUCAGCUGGUCGGCGGACCACCGAAUCAUCGACGGGGCCACAAUGGCACGGUUCUCAAACCUGUGGAGAGGCUUCCUGGAAAACCCGGCGUCCAUGAUUCUGGACCUAAAAUAAGCUUGCGGUGCCCUGGGCUGCCUCCUGGAUGAAAGACCAGAGACGCAAAACCAUCCACUGCAACUGUGUGACGACUGUCUACUGUGCCGUGACACUCUGGAUGGUCACAAUGAACGGGUGGCUCUGGUCCCCAUACUGUAUCCAUCCCCCCCCUGGUCUUUCCAAACAUUUCUUCCUCAGAACACAAACGACUGCACACUACAUCUAGUCAGCACGGUGAAGCUAAUAUCUAGAUCCAGGCUGUUGUUUUAUCUUUGUGUGUGGCCUUAGUUUGAUUCCUCUCUUCUGGUUGCCUUACUGACAUUCAAGACGGUUAUGAACAGUAAAGCUUUUACCCGAGGGGCUGAAUGUUUGAGAAAUAACCUGUAGUGAACCUGUAUUUGUGAACAACCAUGUAACCCUAUAAAAUGACCCUGCACCUUUAAGGAUGUCAGUGCUGAAUCCAGGGAAUGUCCUUCAAGGUGCAUGGCUAUUUCAUUUUUUUUUGUGUCACAGCUCCAGCUGUUCUCUCAUCAGCGGCAGAAAGCUCUUUGAGACAAGUUGUUGUCCAGCGAUUCUCCUCGAUGAGCCUAAUUGCACAACUCAUAGAAUCCGCAAUGUUAAUGGUUAUUAUCAGCAGUUACUAUAAUGGUUCCCUGGUUAGUUUGAUCAAUUUGUUACAAAGGUGCUGCUUUUCUUGUUGAUGACAUUGUUUUUAAAAAUAAAAUGGUCACGGGUGGAAGUGAACACCUAAUGUAGUAAUAGUAGUAUUUGGGGAAUGGGUACUUUGGUCUCACUGUAUUUUAGGGAUAUUGUAUUAUUUGAAGGGGCAAGUGAGCUGCCAGCCUGAAUCAUCGACAACCACUGUUUCUGUUAUUGAUUGACUCUGACAAGUUUUAAUAAAUUUGAGGUGUAAGGAAUUUGA